AUUGUAGUGUGCGAUACCACGAAUCUCGUUAAUACGGCAUAACUGCCGAAGUAGCAGUCGGUGCAUGAUGAUGAUGAAGAAUGUGAAGAAGAAUAAGUUUCUAUCGAUACGAUUAGUGAGGUUUCUCAUGAGGGUUACCGGUUUCUGGCCUGCCGAGUCAAAAACUGAGAAACGAUUGUUGAAUGGAGUUUUGAGUUAUACAAUAUGUAUAAGUAGUAUAUCUUUGUGGUUAGAAGCAACCGAACUAUAUCUAGGUAAAGGUGAUUUUUAUGCUCUUACGUACACUGCUUGCAGUUCUAUGCCAGUAGUCAUAAUAAUGCUGAAGAUAAUUUUCUUCCUUCGUUAUCGAAAAGAACUGUUGAAUAUGUUAAAAUAUACACAGAAUAAUUUUUGGUACCCUCAAUAUGAUGAGUAUGGUAGCGAAAUUUUGGAAAAGAUUAAUAAAAAGGGAUUAAUAUUAAUGUGCACGUUUACAUUCUUCGUUCAAGGAACUGUUUGCACCUAUAUCCUGACUCCUAUACUCGAAAAUAUAGGGAAAAACGAAAGCGACAGAAUUCUUCCUUUUAAUGUCUGGAUUGGAAUUUCAACAACCGUUUCGCCUAUCUUUGAAAUAAUGUUUACUAUCGAGAUUUCAGCACUCAUUCACUGUGGCAUAUGCUUCUGUUGUUUCGAUAAUCUUUUGGGUCUAUUAAAUUUACACACUGCUGGCCAGUUCAAAAUUUUACAACACCGAUUGAAAAGUAUCCUCAUGAGAGUCGAACGGACCGAUACCGUAAAGUUACUUAUCGAGAAACAGAAACAGAAAGUAUACGAAAAGCUCAGAGAAUGUGUCAUAUUGCAUCACGAAUUGAUAUGGUACAGCGAAAAAAUGGAACAAAUUUUCAUGUACUCGACUCUUUGCCAGCUGUUGGUGUCCGGCAUCAUGCUUUGCGUUGCGGGUUUUCAAGUGUUUUUGGCUCGAGGUACUUUGAUCAGACGACUGAUAUUCAUCGCUCAUACAAAUGGUUGCUUUGUCCAACUGUUCGUGGUCACACUGACGGCGACUGAUUUAAUGAAUGAGAGUCGUGCUGUCGGAGAUGCGGCGUACAACGCCAAUUGGCAGGUUCUAUCCCACGAGGAGAACAGGGGAGUCAGAACAGCUGUUCUGAUGAUUAUGAUACGAUCAGCACAUGCUUGUUCCAUAUCCGCUGGCGGUUUCUUCCCGGUGUCUCUCGAGACGUUUAUGGCGGUAUUGAGCACAGCGGCGUCCUAUUUUACAUUGCUUCGCAAAUUCGCUGUCACAUCCAACUUGUGUGCAACGUUGCUCUUGAUAAUGAUACUAUUGAAGCUAGGUAGUUUUAUGUUCUAUCGUGACAUGAUAAUGGGCUUGAUUCAUUUUGCUGAGAAGAAUUUUUGGGGUGUCACUUAUGACGAAGCUAGCGCGCAAAUUUUAAAAGGAUACGACAAACUAGGGAUGACUAUGAUCUACACUUUUACAUUUAUGGUUUACAUCGCGACUUUUAAUUACAUCUUCGCACCUUUCUUUGAGCCUCAAGAAAAGAACGAAACGGAGAAAGUUUUACCUUUCAAACUGUGGAUCGACUUUCCGUAUCACUCACCGUACUACGAAAUUACUUACACUAUACAGUCACUUUCGACGAUGCAUUCGGGUAUCUGUACUUUUUGCUUUGAUAAUUUUGUAAGUACGUUCAACAUUCACGCAGCCGCGCAGCUGAAAAUCUUGGCUCAUAAAGUGGAAGUCAUUGCCGAACAUUGUAUCGGAGAUACGAUGGACCAGAAACGUCCGUUGGAAACGGAUGUUGCAGUUCUGGCGUUCAAAAAAUUGCGAGACUGUGUAAAGCAGCACCUCACGCUCAUAUGUUACGUGCGUAACAUGCAACGCGUGUUCGCCAUUAUAUUGCUCGGACAGUUGCUGCUUUCCAGUGUAGUCAUCUGCUUCGGUGGAUUUCAGUUCCUCUGUUUGCAGGCGACGGAUGUGAUUAUCAGAAAGUGUAUUUUUGCCUUUCAUUUCGUGGGCGGUCUUAUCCAGUUGCUUAUUUAUACAUGGACGUGUAAUGAUAUAAUUGUGCAAAGCACAGCUAUCUCUGAUGCCGUUUAUAAUUCUAAGUGGUAUCUUUUACCCGAUAAUGAUCUAGGAAGGGCAGUGAAGAGAGGGUUAAUUACGAUUAUGAUUAGAGCACGUCGGCCAUGCAUAUUAACCGCUGGAAAUUUUGCAGUUAUGUCCUUGGACACUUUUAUGGGGAUAUUGAGUACAGCGAUGUCGUAUUUUACGUUAUUACGACAAAUGAGUGAAGAUGAUGUAUAG